GAUGAAGCUCACACACUUUUGCCAAUGCCAAAUACUCUUGUUCAUUAUCCUUUAUAGUUCAUCAACCUUUGUGACUUCUCAAGAUUCAUGCUCCUCCAAAUUGGUGCAAAUUCAGCUUCCUUACCCUUUCGAUACAAGUGCACUUCUAUGCAGCCCAGUGUGGCCUACUCACAAUUUCAUCCUUAGAUAUGCUAAGGCUUCAUCAGAUGUGUGGAGCUUCAUAUUCUCAUUCCCUUUGGACUUAAAGGCUUAUGCGGCUAUAGGGUUCUCGAAAGAUGGUAGCAUGGUGGGUUCUAGUGCAAUAGUGGGGUGGAUGCCAUCUCCAGGUACUGGGGGUAUGCAAUUGUACUAUCUGGCUGGAAAAUCACCAAAUGAAGUGAUUCGUAACAAAGGUGACAUUUAUGUUAUGAAUGCAUCCUUUGUCCCAGCAACUGAUUCGCUUGGCUACCUCAUCUUCCAGUUGAAAACCACCCAACCUUCUUCAAAUCUCUUGUUUGCCAUUGGUCCCAAUGGCCAAUUUCCUAAUUAUCCAGAUUACGCCUUGGCCCAACAUGUCGAUCAGACAUCCAUCACCAUAGAUUAUAAUAAAGGUGCUACCGGUGAAAAUUCUAACCUAAAUCUUCGAAGAAGUCAUGGGGUUCUGAACAUUAUGGGAUGGAGCAUUCUAAUGAUAAUAGGAUCCAUGAUUGCUCGCUACUCCAAGCAAUGGGAUCCCAUGUGGUUCUAUUUCCAUGCUUCCAUUCAAACAUUUGGCUUUGUGGCUGGCAUAAUUGGAAUUUUAUGUGGAUUGCUCUUAUCUAAGAAACUCGAUUCUAAAGUCACUCAUCACAGAAAUAUAGCGAUCGUCAUCAUUCUCCUUGGAUUCCUCCAGGUAUUAGCCAUUGUAUUACGACCAGGGAAGGAAUCGAAGAUACGAAAGUAUUGGAAUUGGUAUCACCAUAACGUGGGGAGGAUUUUGAUUAUCUUUGGAGUGCUUAACACCUUUUAUGGACUCCAUUUAGGAGGAGAAGGAUCUAAGUCGUUUAUUACUUAUGGAGUCACUAUUGCCGUUUUAUUCAUUAUCACUGUCGUUUUGGAGAUAAGAAUGUGGAUUAUUGCAAGAAAAGAGACUCGGUCCAAAGAUACAUCAUCAUUCACCAAUCCCUGGAGUUAGCUUAUUAAUAUUUAACAUAUUUGGCUUCAAUCCAACAUCAUUUGUAAUUUUUGAUGUAAUAUGUUGCAGUAGUAGUAUUAGCCGUAUUGAAUCCAGUAUAAACUUGUAGAAAAAAAAUAUUAAA